CAAGACUAUAUGUAUGGAACAGUCAGAGUGAAUACCCAGGGAGUGGGAAGAUCAAUGAUACAGCUUACUACAACCAACUAUGUAGAAUACAGAUUUUUGUUGAAGGACACUCAAGAUAGAAUACAGUUCUUUGAAUUGAUGUCGGACUACGUCCGAUUUACUGGCAGAAACUCUUCGGUUAUGGUAAUGAAUCCAUGUGUUAGAUGGGUGUAUUUAGACAAGAGUUUACAGUCGGGUCUGACUGUCCUUGAAAUUGACGUACCCACCGGCUAUGUGGUGAUGAAUCACACACUUAGAGACUACGUAAAUUCUGGUAUUGUACCAAAUCUGAAAAGAGCCGAGUUCUGCUACAGAAAAGUAGUCUUCUAUUUCUCACAUGUGGACAACAGUAAAACAUGUGUAAACUUCCAGGCAGAUAGAUGAUAUCCCACUGCCAAUAUGACUAUCCAACAUAAAAUGAGGGUCUAUGAUUAUUAUGAACCUGGUAUGCACAACACAACAUUCUACUCAACAUAUAACAUGUUCACCCUCAACAUAUGUUAUGUGUGUGGAUCGUACCAGUGUCCGUACUGUCCAUACUUCAAUGUUGGCACAGCGGUAAAAGCGAGUUUCACAUGCAUAGCACUUAUUCUUGGAUUCAUUGCUAAGAACUACGCAUUACGGACAAGCUAGUGAAAUAUUCUCUAAGUCAGAUAUGCACAAUAAAGUCAAGUAAAGUUAAAUAUACUGUUGUAAAUAGAUAUUUCCAAAGGAUAGAUAAAAAGCUGUCCAAGUGUUACAGCUAAACAAGAUUGUCUGUUUUACAUA